ACCAUUUGUUUAAGUGAUAAUGACCUUAAGGUGCGUUUAUAUUGGCAAACAAUCAACAACAAUUUAAAUAAUUUGUUAAUUAGACAUAAGAAAAUUACUAUUACUAAAAACUGAUCAUAAUCAGAAUCUGAAUUAGUCAAAUUUGUCAAGAAAAAUUUAUUAUCAAAAAUUUAGAAAUUCUACCUUAGAAUUGAUCAGUUGAUUAACAGAACAGAAUUGAAACAAUUAGCUAAUUGUUGGUGAAAACGAAAAGUGAAUCAAUAAGAAAAAGAGAAACAAGUAGCGCCUCUGGUGGAAUAGAAAACAAACUAAUGAACUUUUUCUCUUUUUCAAUUCAUUUAACUUUUACUCUUCGCUUUGGAUUGUUGAUAAAUUUACCGUUUCUUUUUUAUUCUUUUUUAAUUGUUAAACCAUUUGGAAGAUUUGGAAUUAAUUUCAUGAUGGAAAAACCACCAGUGGCUGAUGGUGAAUGGAUAAGUUCCAAAAAAGUGGUUAACCAUAAAACUCGUCAAGUAGAAACUCGGAUUCAAAGACAACUAAUCAUGGAAGAUGGUAAAGUGAUCGCUGACAGUGGACCACAAGUGACCAUUAGGACGAAAGAAGAUAACUGGACCGAAGAAUCCGAAAACAGUGCCAAAAAAGGAAUACCAAUCGAUGUGAAAUCAAUUGAAUCCAUGGUUAAAUCACCAAAAUCUUCAUCGUCACCUUCACCUUCAAUCCCAAUUAAAACCAAUGAUGAAACUAAAAAUGAUAAAGAAUUAAUAAUUAGUGAAAAGAUUGAGACUAAGAACACAACCCGUGAGGAUAAACAUGAACGUUUCCAGUAUCAUGAUGAAUCAAUUUCAGAAUUAACUGGUUUUGAUAUUCACCAGAAAGCCUUGGUGUCACCCAAUGAUUUAAUAACAAUUAACUGUGAUGUUAUUAACGUUGAAAAAGAUGUUGACAUUGACCAGAUUUUUAAUGGUGACAAUAAUUUACCACCAAAAGGUAAAUUAACUCACUUUUCAAGUAAAAGUCAUAAAGUAACCGAUAAAGAAGAGGUUAAAGAGAUAUCUAAACUUGGACCUGAUGGUGAGAUUACCAAGGAAACAGUUCGUACCUCUCACCAUGAAGAGGUUUCAGAUGACGAACAGCCUGAGGGCAAAGAAGAAGAAAAAAGUGAAAAUAAGUCAAAUAUAGAGGAUAAAGUUGCAGAAAUAUCAAAAAAAUCAUCAUCAUCUUCAUCGCCAUCAAGCAAAAUUACAUAUUCACAAAAUGCUACAAAUCCAAUCACCUCCUUACCAAGUAAAGCGAAACCUCAUCAUCAUAAUGUUACUCAUCAUCAUCGCCAUCUUGAUGAUGAUGACGAGCAUCAUCAUCAUCCUAUUUAUGAUAUUACAGGUAAAGCUGAUCACACCAACAAGUGGAUUGAGAGUCAUUUUGGUUCAUCUGAUUCAAGUCAACAUGAUGUCAACAAUAAAGAAAUUGGAUUAAAUUCAUCUUCAAGUGGUUCGAUUGUUGAUCGUCGAGGUCGUCCUCGCCAACGUAUUAAUCCCGCUAUGAGUCAAUCAUAUGAUGAGGCUUAUUAUUCAAAUACAAAUGGUGGAAAUCAAAGUCAAUCAAACAAUUCAUCAUCUAAAUUAACCUCUGCUGCCAGUGAUAAACUUGAUUGUUCAAUAUCAUCACCCUCACCACCUAUUGGUAAAAGAUACCAGCAACAAUUUAACAAGCAAAAACAAAUCAAUUCAAUUGGUUUCACUAAAUUCAAUGGAAUUGGCAACAAAUCAACAAAUUCACCCUAUUCAUUUGUUAAUAACAAUCAUAAUAAUAACAAUAGUCCAAGUGAAUCUAGUGUUUCAAGUUAUAUUCAUGAUUAUCAUCAUUCAUCAGAGGGAUCACUUUCACCGUCAAUCUUAACAACUAAUCAACAGAAUCAAGUAAAAAAACUGCCAAUCAACAAGCAACUUUCAUCAUCAUCAUCAUCAUCCUAUCAUCUUGCUAAUUGUAAACCAGUUAAAUCAACAAUCAAUUCAAAUGGUCACAAUAAUAAUAGUCGAAACUUGAUAAUAAAAGUUAAACAUCGUGUCCCUAAGGAAGAUGCUUCAGUUCAAGCGUCAUUAUCAGAUGAGGAAAUUGAUCAUGAUCAUUUUAAGGAGAAUACUAAUUAUGGAAAACAAUCAAUUAAUUUAGACAACAAUGGAUUUAAGGAUUUAAACAACAACAAUUUAAAUCGUCCAAGGCCAAUUAAGACUUACUAUUUUGGUGAACCUGUUCAAUCAGAUUUUCCAGUUAAUCAAGAAUUAAGUUCAACUGUUGUUAAUCAUAAAGAUAAUCUCAAUUAUUAUCGAUUACCUGUUGAUGAUUUACAUGGAUCCAAGUCAAUUAAUCAAGGAUAUUUGAUUGAGAAAUUAAAUUCACCAGUCAAUCAUGAUUAUAAUGAUGAUGAAAAAUUUUCCAGAUCACUUAAUUGUCUUAGUGAUCAACGGAUAGUGAACGGGACAUUUGAUAAAUUAUUUGAUCGAUCAUCACGAACUGAUCUGUUUCAGACUCGAGAUUAUGGUUCAUUGUCUAAUUGGCGAAGCACAAUUAACUUACGAUCAGAUGGAUUAACUAAAAUCGACAGAUCAUUUAACGGAAAUCGAUCGAAAGAUGAUUCAUAUUCUCGCGAUUAUAACAACAAUUAUAUUCCAAUUAAGCCUAAUUAUCGAGAUUCCUUGAAUCGAGUUACAUUAAGAAAAGGUCACCUCGGGUCGGUUAACAAUCUAAUGGACAAUCAAUACAAAGUUGACCAAACAAAUGACCACAAAUCGAGAGGAUUAUCACCAAUUCAAGAGCGAAAAGGUUCAUCAUUGGCUCUUGAUAAUAAUCUUAAUCUGUUACUAUCAAGAGGAUCAUCUUAUUGGCCCGAAUUAAAUCAACUUAAAUCAUCAAUUAAUCACCCAAACAAUUACAAUCCUAAAGGAACUUACAAAGUAAAUAAUAAAAAUCGGACUCCCGUUCAGACUUAUUAUUUCAAAGCUAAUUAACUAAUCAUCAUGUUAACUAUUGAUCACACUGCCUCUAGAUCACUAUAACAAUUAUCUUAAUCACAAUUGAAUUUCCAUCAUCAUAUUAAUCACUUAAUCAGUUGUAAUUGUUUACAUGUAAAUUAAACGUUGUUAAUAAACUAAAUGCAAAAGGAUAAUUAAACAACAAUUAAUUUCUAUGUGUUAAUGGCUAAACAAUUUAUGAUACAAUUUGUUUACAAAGGUGAACAUGAUAAAAUAAUAUUAUCACAAUUAACUAAUAAUCAUUAUAGUUGAUAGUUGAGUAGCAAUUAACUGUUAACUACUCAACAAGAAAUGAUAAUCAUCUAAAACAAUUAAGAAAACAAAAACAAUCAUCUUCAUUAAUAUUAGUGUUUAAUGAUUAUCAGUUUAACUUUAAUUUUGUAAUUAAUCUUUGGAUUAACAAUUUAGAUCCAACGAUUUAAUCAAUCAAAUAUUAUCCUAAUCAAUUGAUUGAUUAUUGAUAAUUGGGGAAAAAAUUAAAGUCAUGUAACCAAUUACAACCAGUUGAUUUAGUUAAUAGAUGUUAAGUGAUUUAACUACAAUUGAUUAUAUUUUAAUCACAGAAAUGAUUAACUUCCUAUGUAAACUAUUGAUCAACCUCUCAAAAUCAAAUGUACAAGAGGUUUUCAUUUAAAUUGUUUGGACAAUUAACAAAUAUAAUUGAUUGU